AUGCCUAAAGUAGUUUCCCGGUCCGUAGUCUGCUCCGGCACCCGGGACCGGGAGGAGUAUGACGACGGCGAGAAGCCCCUCCACGUCUACUACUGUUUAUGCGGCAAGAUGGUCCUCGUGCUGGACUGUCAGUUGGAGAAAUUGCCCAUGAGGCCCCGGGAUCGGUCCCGUGUGAUUGAUGCUGCCAAACGCGCCCACAAGUUUUGUAACACAGAAGACGAGGAGACUGUGUAUCUUCGGAGGCCUGAAGGCAUCGAACGACAGUACAGGAAGAAAUGUGCAAAGUGCGGGCUGCCACUCUUCUACCAGUCCCAACCGAAGAAUGCUCCUGUGACCUUCAUUGUGGAUGGAGCAGUAGUCAAGUUUGGCCAGGGUUUUGGGAAGACGAGCAUAUAUACUCAGAAACAAGAGCCUCCUAAGAAAGUGAUGAUGACGAAACUGACUAAAGACAUGGGCAAGUUCAGCUCUGUCACUGUGUCUACUAUUGAUGAAGAGGAAGAGGAGAUUGAGGCUAGAGAAGUUGCUGACUUAUAUGCGCAGAAUGCCAAGGUGAUUGAAAAGCAGCUGGAGCGCAAGGGCAUGAGCAAGAAGCGGCUGCAGGAGCUGGCUGAACUGGAAGCCAAGAAAGCGAAAAUGAAGGGAACCUUGAUUGACAACCAGUUCAAAUAA